AUGCAUAGGGGUCAGCAUGGGAGAUUUGUUAGUAGCAUUCAAGCGAGUCGGCCUUCCACCAGCUCAGCAGAGACAUGGGUAGUGCAACAGCCGAUGCCAGAUGGUCUUGAGGAUGGUACUGUUAUCCCUAGUUUUGGUGGUCACGUGGCUGCAUAUAUAUGGGGCGGGCAGGAGCGUAAUGUUUUGCGCUGUUUGAGCAGGACACAGUUGUGUUCUGCAUUGGUUACCUGGCAAGGUCGUCUUGCACAGGAGCACUUGGAAUUGAUUGAUGGUAGUGGUCUGUCUCACUUACCCGAGAUCAUGUUUAGGCGUUUUGACUGGUCGUUGAUUUCUGCAUUUGUUGAGAGAAGGCAGCCAGAUACGAACACGUUUCAUAUGCCAUUUUGGGAGAUCACGAUCAUGCUGCACGAUGUGUACCAUAUUCUUGGGCUUCGUGUUGAUGGUUCCAUGGUUUUCACUACUCCUAGCACGGAUGCCAUACGCGACGCGUGCUCGAUUACCAUGGACAUUACUGCGGAAGAGCUAAAUGAGAAGUGCGAGUGGUAUUGUACUCAUCCGUCCUUCCUCAACGAGCUUGUUGUUGAUGAUCUUCCAAUCAAUGAGUUCUCUUGGGGUUCAUCUGCUCUAGCAUAUCUAUAUCGCCAGUUAGGUACGUCAUCAAGAAAAGAUGUCGAUUCAAUCGCUGGUUGUCUCACGCUUCUACAGGCGUGGAUCUACGAGUACUUUCCGUGCUUCCGGCCUCAGCAGGGUACCUUGACGAGGGAGCUUAGUAUUCCUCGUGCGUCUGCUUGGGAUGUGGGAUCGGGAUGCCCCAACAAGAUCAUGGAGCGCCUCCUCACUUUUCGUGCUAGAUUGGAUCAGCUGACUGACAAUGAGGUUAACUGGCUAUCGUACGGAGUUGAUCCUGCACGACGCAUGCCAGACACUCUAUUUAUUGGCUGUAUCCAGUACCGUAGCAUCAUUGAGCCAUACAUGCCUUAUCGAGUGGUCCGACAACUUGGAUUCGUGCAGGACAUUCCAAGGGCCAUUAUCAGGCCUGAGAAGGCUAAGAGACCGACGAACUUGAAGAUGCAUCGGGUUGACUUUCCGACCAAGAUGACAUCUGUGAUGUGGACUCGGUUUGUCCCUGGCUCGUCUUUUAGUGUUGUUUUAGGUGCCCUCACCAGACUUGGUGGUAGAGCUCCUACGGCCGCUCCUGGUUACAUGCAGUGGCUGUACCGAUUUUCUCAUACUCGUCUUUCUCCUGGUGGGUCAUUAGAUGGGAGUACCAGACUACCUGAGAGGACUAACACGGACUAUUGGAUGGGUCGGUCCUUGGAGAUUCACCGAAGAGCACUGGAUGAGUAUCCCACCAUGUCGCAUGAAACAAGGGCAAUGACUGAGCAGCUGAUAGUUGACUGGAAGGCGAUGAUGGGGUUGUGA